UAAUGAAAUUUGCCUAAUUCCCUUUAACGGAUCUAUCGACCCUCAAUGUUGUCCGGUGGCAAAAAUGUCGUGCUCACCUCCGCCCAAAGCUUGCUCCUUUUGUGUUUUCCCUUUUUCUUGUAUCCAAACAUUAAAUUUCGACCGUUAUAGUAUUCCCUAAUACUUAAACCCCUCUCUCUCCCGCAUUCGAGCAGAGCAGCCAUGGCCAUAGCCCACUGGAAGAAAGCCAUGAAGAUCAUCUCCCUCUUCCACCGCGGCUUCAACUCCUCCAAAUGCAAGACAAUGGCUAGGAUGACGACGGCCAGGAUAAAGCUGCUGAGGAACAAGAGGGAAGUGGUGGUGAGGCAGAUGAGGAGAGACAUUGCCAUGCUUCUCGAGUCCCAUCAGGAUGCCACCGCUCGCAUCAGGGUUGAACAUGUAAUAAGAGAACAGAAUAUGUUGGCAGCAAAUGAAAUCAUUGAGCUCUUCUGUGAACUUAUUGUGUCAAGGCUUCCCAUAAUUGCAAAACAAAGAGAAUGUCCUGCUGAUCUGAAAGAGGGAAUAUCAAGUUUAAUAUUUGCAGCCCCCCGGUGCUCUGAGAUUCCUGAACUUCAGGAAAUCCGCAAUAUAUUUGAGAAAAAAUAUGGGAAGGAUUUUGUUUCUGAAGCUGUUGAUCUAAGACCGAAUGCUGGCGUGAAUCGAAUGCUCAUUGAGAAGCUCUCUGUAAAAACCCCAAGUGGUGAGGUGAAAAUGAAAAUCAUGAAGGAAAUUGCAAAGGAAUACCAAGUAGAAUGGGAUACCACAGAGUCUGAGGUUGAGCUACUCAAACCACCAGAAGAGCGUAUAGGAGGGCCAAAAACUUUUGUGAGUGCCACUAGCGUGCCUAUUAAACAACCAGUUCCAGAGCUGUAUGUUGUCCAUCCUCCCAACAACCACACAACUGUAAUCACAGAUAAUGGUGGAGCGAAAUAUGAAGAUCCCGAAUCGGCAGCUAAAGCGGCAGCUGAAUGUGCCAGGCAAGCUAUAGCUGCAGCUGAAGCAGCGGCAUACCUGACCAAUGAAAAGCGAAGAGCAUCUGGAGAUUUUCAGCAUCAUGGGGAGGGGGACAUUCAUGCUGCAAAAGUAAUACUUCGAAGGCAUAGCUGCAAUUUUCCUAGCUGCAACUCAGAUAAAUCUGUCAAGUAUGAUGAAUCUGACUAUGAUGAAGAGAUUGAGAUGGAGGCUCGUGAUGAUGAUGCUUGUAGUAAAUGUGAAUCGAGACAAAUCGGUAGGAGGCAAAGCUGCAACGACCUGUCUUGUAGAAAAGACGACAUGGGGCAACCAGCAUUACCUCGGGUCCAUCCGAAAUUGCCUGACUAUGAAACACUCGCUGCUCGUUUUGAAUCUCUGAAGUACCAAAAGAAUUGAUGGUUGAUUCUAUGCAGAUCAUAGCAAUAUGUCUAAAUACAAUGUGUUUCUAUGCUUAGUUUCUCCUGUUAUUUUCUUCUGUUAGUUCUGUAUACUGAUAGACUGUAUUUUCUUCCAUUUAUUUAGUGGUAUUAUUCAAAGUGGGAACUAGAUUCAUUUAGGCAAGUACAUCAGAUUGUUCGAGAAAAUAUCAAUAAUGAAUGGAAAGGUAUUUUUUCCCAAAUGUGGCAUUAGAA